GAUGUCGAAGCAUGAAAUGAGGAGAAGCCCCUGCAGUGUCUGGUGCUGUCUGAGGAGUGCUCCAGGCUGGAGGUAGCACCCGCCGGGGCUGGGUUUGCACUGCAGGGUGGCACUGGGUGCUCCAGCUUCCUGGGUGCCAGCGCUGUCCUCUGAGUCACUUCCAGGCGUUGAGGGGCCGACCCUGUGUUGGGUUCAGCUUCGCUGCUUCCCUUUGGUCGACUGCGAUAGGAGAAGCCAGGACGGGCUGAAGGAGGCAGAGGAGGUGUAGGGGAGCUGCUGGAGGAGGAGGAGGAUGGCUUCUGGCUCACGCCAGCGCUGGGUGCACCGGGAGCCUCCUGGCUUGGAAGCUCUGGCCAUGGAUCAGAAGGGCUAUCGACGGGAGAGCUUCCAGAGCAGCACUAGUGAUGAAGAUAUGCUGGAAAUAGCAGGAGCAUCUCUGGACUUCUCCAUGGCAGAGGACGACCCACCUCUGGACAGGGAGAUGGGAGGGUUUUCCUCAUAUAAUGGAGGAGGGAUGAAUGGCACAAGCACAAUGAUGGAUUUCCUGGAGGAACCUCUUCCCGGCGUGGGCACCUAUGAAGAUUUUAACACUAUAGACUGGGUGCGAGAGAAGUCCAGGGACCGGGACAGGCACAGGGAGAUCACCAGUAGAAGCAAAGAGUCCACAUGGGCACUGAUACACAGUGUGAGCGACGCCUUCUCUGGCUGGCUGCUGAUGCUCCUCAUUGGGUUAUUGGCAGGUUCCUUGGCAGGGCUGAUUGACAUCUCUGCCCACUGGAUGACAGAUCUGAAGGAAGGAGUGUGUUUAGCAGGUUUCUGGUUUAACCACGAGCACUGCUGCUGGAAAUCCAACACAACCUUUACAGACAGAGACAAGUGUCCUGAGUGGAAGAGCUGGUCCCAGCUCAUCCUGGGCCAUGGAGAGGGGGCUUUUGCAUAUAUUCUCAACUACUUCAUGUACGUUGUCUGGGCCUUGCUGUUCUCCCUCCUUGCUGUGCUACUUGUGAAGGGCUUUGCUCCUUAUGCCUGUGGCUCAGGGAUCCCAGAGAGGCUACCUGGGCAAGUGGACGCUGAUCAUCAAAACCAUCACCUUAGUGCUGGCCGUGUCCUCUGGGCUGAGCCUGGGCAAGGAGGGGCCUCUGGUGCACGUCGCCUGCUGCUGUGGGAACAUCUUGUGUCAUCUCUUCACCAAGUACAGGAAGAACGAAGCCAAGCGCAGAGAGGUUUUAUCAGCAGCUGCAGCUGCUGGAGUGUCGGUAGCAUUCGGUGCCCCAAUCGGAGGAGUGCUCUUCAGCCUGGAAGAGGUAACAGCAGCGUUUUCUGGUGGCCCUUGGUGAGCCGUUUGAUUGCAAGGACUGACCCUGCUGGGUUAAAAAUCCAGCCCUGCUGGGGUGUAGGAGAGCCUCCUGAGUGGUGUGUUUACAAGGCCAAACAACCUAAAAGCUUAUUGGGGUUUCAGGUCAGUUACUACUUUCCUCUCAAGACGCUGUGGCGCUCCUUCUUCGCUGCUCUGGUCGCGGCAUUCACCCUGCGCUCCAUCAACCCCUUUGGGAACAGCCGCUUGGUUCUCUUCUACGUGGAGUUUCACAUGCCAUGGCAUCUUCUGGAGCUUGUGCCGUUCAUCCUGCUGGGCAUAUUUGGUGGGCUUUGGGGAGCUUUCUUCAUUCGCAGCAACAUCGCCUGGUGCAGGCGGCGCAAGACGACCAAGCUCGGCAAAUACCCAGUACUGGAGGUGUUUGUAGUGACGGCCAUCACGGCCGUGCUGGCCUUCCCCAACGAGUACACCAGGAUGAGCACGAGUGAGCUGAUCUCUGAGCUCUUCAAUGACUGUGGGAUUCUGGACUCCUCCAAGCUCUGCGAGUACGUGAAUGAUUUCAACAGCACCAAAGGGGAUGACCUGCCAGACCGAGCUGCUGGCCCAGGAGUUUACACUGCCAUGUGGCAGCUGGCUUUGGCCCUUAUAAUGAAGGUCUUCAUCACCAUCUUCACCUUUGGCAUGAAGGUGCCUUCAGGUCUCUUCAUCCCCAGCAUGGCGGUGGGUGCCAUUGCGGGCAGGCUGCUCGGCGUGGCCAUGGAGCAGCUGGCCUACUACCACCACGACUGGGCCAUCUUCAGUGGCUGGUGCAGCCAAGGAGCUGACUGCAUCACUCCGGGCCUCUACGCGAUGGUCGGGGCCGCAGCGUGUCUAGGUGGUGUGACCCGAAUGACGGUGUCGCUGGUGGUCAUUAUGUUUGAGCUCACUGGUGGACUGGAAUACAUCGUUCCUCUGAUGGCAGCAGCCAUGACCAGCAAGUGGGUGGCUGAUGCCAUUGGGCGGGAAGGCAUUUACGAUGCCCACAUCCGCCUCAACGGGUACCCUUUCCUGGAGGCCAAGGAGGAGUUCUCACACAAGACACUCGCGAUGGACGUAAUGAGGCCGCGGAGGAACGAUCCUCCUCUGACUGUCAUCACUCAGGACAGCAUGACCGUGGAGGACGUGGAGACCAUCAUCAAUGAAACCACUUACAGUGGCUAUCCAGUGGUGGUGUCCCGCGAGUCCCAGAGGCUCGUUGGCUUUGUCCUCAGGAGAGACCUCAUAAUUUCAAUUGAAAAUGCCCGGAAGAAGCAGGAUGGGAUUGUGAGCACUUCAGUUAUUUAUUUCACUGACCACUCUCCUCCGCUGCCUCCAAGCUCCCCCUCCAUGCUGAAACUCAGGAGCAUCCUGGACCUCAGUCCCUUCACAGUGACAGACCAAACGCCCAUGGAAAUCGUGGUGGAUAUAUUCCGCAAGCUGGGAUUGCGCCAGUGCCUGGUGACUCACAACGGGAAGCUCCUUGGGAUCAUCACCAAGAAGGACGUUCUGAAGCACAUUGCACAACUGGCCAACCAGGACCCGGAUUCGAUACUCUUCAACUAAAGGCAGACUAGGAGGUAUUGUGUGUUCAACACAAAAGGACCUUUAGAGACCAUGCUGGAUACACUUCCCUAUUUUUAUUGAGACCAUGGAACUGUUUUCAGCAUUUUCUUCCAUGGAGCUGAAGAAGAUACUUUUUUUUCUACCAGAUACCGAUUGCACUACAUGAUCUGUGGAACAGAAUCUUCUUUUUAGAAGAAAAAAGAGACUUUAUUUACGUUGCUUUUGUGAAGUUGCAUUGGAAAGAUUCCAUGAAGGAGUAAAAGCAAAAUGCUAUAGAAUUCUCUCUCCUCUUACUUUAUUUGGACUCUUAUCACUAACAUGGGGAGGAAAAGACAAGCUCUGUUCCUUCAGAAGCUUUGGAGGAGGAGGAUUUUGCACACAGCGCUCAGGUGGUGGCAGAAGGUUGUGGUUCUAGCUCAGGGGUGGUGGAUUCCCAAUUAGCCACUUGGGAACAAUAGGAAAAUUCAAAACUGGCGGGGGGGGGGAACCAUUGGCUGCCUGAGGGUGUUCUGCUGAGCGAGGGUGAGAGCCCCACAAGCCCAAACCCCUGAGAGCAGAUCUCCUGGGCCCAGGUCUGGUUGGGAAGAAGCUGCUUUCGAUGAAUCUGUUAAUGUAUUCAGUGCCUCUGCUGCUGCCUUGCCAGGAGAGCCCCGAGGAGGAGGCAGGAGGUAACGGUUGUGUUCUUACCAUGAUCCCGGGUGUAGAUACAUGCCUGAGGGUUCCUUCUCCUUGAUUUCCCUUGAGCAUGGAAUUAGAAUGGGAAAGGCCGAGCCCUGCAUUAGUGCCCUGCCUUUGCACUUCCUAGUGUUCCAAUCAUGUUUGAUACCACACAGUGACCUCUCCCAUAGCCAGCAGGGGUUUGGGGCUAGGAAGCUCCUCCUGGGAGCCCCACGCCUGGGAUGUUUACAUGGACACUUGUGCUGUUCCCUGCUCCUCCAGGUCCCAGCUCCAGGAUUGGGAGUGCUGCCACUUCACAUACGUGCACCGCUCGGGGUCUCUCCUUUUGCCAGCAACUAUGCAAUAAACCCCUUCCUGAGCACCCUCAGCCUCGUUCCACCUCUGUGUCCCUCAAGUCCCUGCCCCAAAUCCUACCAAAUUAUUUUCCUGUUAAUAAAAUCGUGACCAUUUACUGGAA